UAUUGUGUUUAUAAGUUUAUACGUCGCGGUUCUUGAUAGUGCAAAAUGUAUUUGCCAAUAUAGUUACCGAGGAGAAUCUCGCGAGAGAACUUUUCACUCAGUAGGCUCGCAUGUGAGGGAAAUAACGAGAUUUUACAUCGGGUAAUUGUAAAUUUUUAAAACUGGGAUAAAUGCGACCAGUUUUACACACGUGGUUUCAUCGCUUUCUACGAUCUACGACGUCCCUUUCAUUGGGCUUCCAUAUGCAGAGUCCAGUAUACAUGCAUACACGCUCAACUCAUCUCAUACAUAUACGAACACGAAUUUGGUUUGUGUAUUUGUAUUGAGUCGCUGACAUAUAUACUUAUAUAUGUAUAUAUACAUAGAGUAGAGCCCGUACGACUUAGGAGUAAUACCUUAACUUAGCCUGUAUAUAUGCGCACUUAUGAACGUACUAUAUUUAUGUUUACGCAUUGAAGCAAAACGUCAUAUGCAGUGUUUGUUUUCUUUUCGGCAAAGUAAUCUUGUUUGUUCAGCAAAACUAUGAUAGUGUGCUUUCGUCAUUUUUUUUUAAAUUUAGUGCAUUCAAAACUGUUUCCAUGAUUAAAAACAAAAAUGAAGUGAGAACAUCUUGGUCAAUGUAUACCUCGUUAAAUAUUUCUACGGCCAGUAUUUUUGCCAUCAGUCACAAGUUUACUGAUUCAAAUAUGUUCACCUGCGAAGCCACACUUCUCGCCAUUACAAGGCCUACUGAGAAUUAUUCUACUUUGCAUUCGAGGAAUUAUUAAUGAUAACGAAGAAAAAGAGAAAUGCAUGAACAAAACUUUGAUCCAAAAAUAGUUAUGUUGUGGUCAUUUUUUUUGUUAAUUUGACAAUAGGAGAAAGAUGUUUAUAUCCUACGUAGUUUUAGCAAUCAUGUGCUACUGCACAUCCGUUUCUUCUUCUUCUCCUGAUCUUCCUGAAAUUUGCCAUUACAAUUUAGAUUACACGUGUACCUUAUCAACUGCAAAGCAAAAUACAACUUCUAUUGACCUGAUAAAACAUUGUACUGUAGAGGAUAUACCAAAAAUUGUUACGCUUACUGUUAUGGAUGAUGAUAACAAUUCUACUAGUCAAGGUGUCAUUGCUGUAUCUUUCAAGUCUCCUAGUGUAAAGUGCAGGUAUAAAGUAGUCCUUUUUGUGAAUCCUUAUAUUAAUAACGUGGAGGAUUGCAUGAAGUAUCAAUUUGCGGAAAAUCAUCAUGUAGAAAUCCAUAGCUCAGUGAAAAAUGUUUGCCCUAACUAUGACAAAGAAAGUGACGAAAGAGAACUGGAGACUGUUCAAUCAGCAUCAGAUUGCAAAGACAACUUAUUGACUAUAUGGUAUGAAUACAUUUAUACGGGAUGUUACAGUCUUGCUUUUGAAAUUAAAAGUAAAUACAUUUUUGUGAGCAAUGAUUAUGUAAUAACAGAGUAUAAAAAAGUGGAUGUAACAGAACCAAAACUACGAUGUACUUAUAAAGACAGUUUAAAAGGGGAUGAUUCAAGUGUUGACAUGGUAACUCUUGCCGCCGAUAUUUCUUUACUAGCAGGACCCUUAGCCUUACGGCUUGAGGUAGUUACUAAAUCUUUGUCUCUCAGAAAGAAUAACGAGGACGAUUUUUGUAGACUUAUUCCCAAUCCAGUAAUAGACUUUUUAGUCUCAAUUAAUAUGAAAAAUAGCUCCGAUUUAGCCAGUAAUAAUUGCAGUCUAACCACGACAUCUUUACCUAAUGGUGAUGUUGGCAAAAGUAUAGAGUGUAAUUUUGUUAUACAAAAUUCCCGCAAAGAUGUAGGAUAUUGCUUUGUUGUUCAUCUAAUAGAUGAUCGAUGCCAUAUACAUACCUCUUGGAAACCUCCACUUAUAGAUAGGACAGUCCACCCCUGUACUUGGUCACAAUAUUGUGGAAAGAUUGAAUCAAGUACAAUAACUACUGAGGAAAUAAACAAUGAAAAUGUAAAUAUAUCAAAAUUACCAAGGAUUCUUUACCUCAUUUUAUUUGUAGCAAUACUAUUGAUUGUACUUGCAGUAUUAAGUACUAUUUUUAUUGCUUAUCGAAUACACAUUCAGCGUAAAAAGAAUUCCUCAAACACAAAAAUAAAAAAAGACUUUGAAGAUGAUGGAAGCGCGGUUUUAGAACUGGGUACUUCAAUAUCACAAAAAGAAAAACUUGUUAAAGAAUCAGGAAUUGUUAUUUUAUACACAAGAGAAUCGGACGAAUUUAUGGCUUUUAUGGCGGAAUUAAGGAAAUGCUUAAAGCAGAACACAGAUUGUGAUGUUUACGAUUGGUGGGCUCCAGAUUUGUGGAACGAUGUAGCUCGUGUAGGAGGCUAUGAGUGGGUUGUUAAGAUGAUCAGAAAAGAUUGUCGCGUUAUAUGGAUUGACACUUUAAAAGCUCGGACAUUGUUUGCUGCCCAGCAUAAAAAUGGUUACGAUAAGUUCAAACAAUUAAAACAUAAUUGGCAAAUCCAAGAAAUAAGCGAUUUUCGAGACAGUGUAUUUCCAGCAAUUGUUGAUUUUGCUAAGCGCAACAAUCAAGAUAUUGAUCAAGAAUAUCAGAGGCAUUUUGUUGUUAGGCUAGAAACUUUUAGAAAUGCAGAUAGAACUAUAGAUCCAUUUGCAGAUCUUUCACCUCAUGCAAGAUUCUUACUUCCAUGUCAUCUUGAUAAAUUGUGUUCUCAACUAUCAGUGCAUGAGCUUUAUUUUGAAGAUGGAAUGAAAACAGACAAGAUUCAUCUUGGAAAAUAUUUACCAGAAGAGUCAUUUGUCGAUUUGUAAAUAUUUAUAAUAAAUAUUUAGUACAUAUAUAUUCUAAGUUUAAUUUGUUUGCAUACACAUAUUAAAGUGUAUAAAUUUUGUAAGUUACUACAUAAUACUAUUAUGUAUGAUAUCAAAAGAAUGCUGCCACCAUAAAAGAUACCGCAUUGUUGAAUUUUGUAAGAAAUUUUUUACCAUUUAUACAAUUAUACAACAUAAAUAUGUUAUACAUAUUUUUAUAAAAUAUUUUAUACUGUUAAGUCCGUAGAUUAUAACUUUUAAAUAAGUAUAUAUAUGUGUACAUACUUAUAUAGGUAUAGGUUUACAAUGGAUGAUUUCAGGUAUUUCAAAUAUAAAUUAUUGGGCACAAAAUAAAAAGAAUGAUACAAAAUA